CCCUCGAUCCACUCAUACUCUAUUCAAAGUUAGCCACAGAACAGUCUACUUCAGUAUCAGCCAUAUUUGCUAUGGAUGUCUAUAGAGAGUCGAGUCACAGCGAAAUGGAUUACUUUGAUGAAAUGGAUCUUAAACAUGGUAAAGUGUUACCUUGCCAUGAAGAUCGCUUUGAUAGCGGGUUGGAAUCGUUAAAAGAGGAGGAAUAUAAUAACCUUGCGAAAGAGUUGGAGGACUUAAGAGUGGUCGCUAUAGAAACCAUGCCAAAGGAGUGCGGUUCUGAACCCUGGAAAAAAGUAGUGACCGAUGACGGAGACACGUUCCUCCACCUCGCCAUUAUUCAUGAAGCCACAGAAUAUGCGUUCCAGAUGAUCAAGCUGUCUCAAAACGAAUCAUUCCUGAAUGUACAGAACAACCAGAGACAGACUGCGCUCCACCUGGCUGUGGUGACUGAGCAGCCUCACCUGGUGGAGAGGCUGCUGAAGGCCGGCUGUGACCCCAGGCUAGCAGACAAUAGCGGGAACACAGCCCUUCACGUUGCCUGCAAGAAGGGUUCCCUUGCCUGCUUCAGCGUCCUCACCCAGAACUGCCACCAUCACCUCACCUCCAUCCUCACCGUGCCCAACUAUAGUGGACACAACUGUCUCCACCUGUCUGCCAUAAACGGCUACCUGUCAUUGGUGGAGAAUCUCGUUCAGUUGGGCUCAGACAUCAACGCACAGGAGCAGUGUAGCGGUCGCACAGCCCUCCACUUGGCCGUGGACCUCCAGAAUCCCUCCCUAGUCCACCGGCUUCUGGCCCUUGGGGCGGACGUCAACAGUCUGACAUACGGGGGCUUCGCACCAUACCACCUGACAUACGGCCGACAGAACACGGAGAUCCGCCACCAACUGUUCGAGAAGACAGCUCAGGACCUCCUGGAACUGCCCGAAAGCGAAUCAGAGGAGAGCGAGGAGGAGUUCAUGUCAGAUGAUGAGAUGUACGAUGACAUCAAGUUCGGGGAGAACUAAAGAUGUCGUCUGCACCAAUGUGGUGGUGUGUCGCUGCUGCUGGCUAGUCUGGCAUACGGUCAGGAACGGCCGGUCUAAGAAGGCAGGGGUGCCCAGCUCAGAGCCGGCCACGCCGCCCAGACUGAAGAGGCCAUUCCGAUUGGUCUGGAUAGACCGGUCACGUUCAAGAUGUUCCAAGGCACCAGGCGUCUGACCUCAGAAGAGAAUGCUACAGUGUUCAUGUACUGUAUAUAAUGGAAGAUAUUCUGUAACAUACUGUAAAUAGACAGACCAGAGAGAUAUUUUUUAUAUAUAUUGAAAUAUAUUAUUUGUGAAUAAAACAUCUUUUUAUU